AUGUUUAACCGGUCCAUUUUGCUUACAAUUUAUAUAUUACUGUGUCGUUGUUAUGUUUUAUGUUACCAUGAUACCACCCAUAUGUACAUCUUGGUUUUUCUAUUUGAACUUAUAUGUACAUCUUGUUGUCACAAGAUUGUUAAGUUCAUGGGGAAUCACAUCAAUCCAGAUCUGGUCAUACAAUACAAAAAAUAAGAAAAGAGAGAUUAUUAUAAACUACGCACACAUCGCGCGCUCUUCUUCUUCUCCCUCUCCUCCUCUCUCUCCCCACUCCAAUUCGUAGGGUUCCGAUCUCCAUCAGAUCUUAAACCCACUCCCCCAUGGGUGAAAACGACAGUGUUUGUGGUGGGUUUUCGCUAAUUACCAGAUCCGACUUAAAGAUGGGAGGCAAUGAAUUGGAUGAGAAACAGAAGCUGAGUCAUUUUGGACCCGUUGACACAUUUAGAAAUUCAGGUAACACUGGUCAUGCUCCUAAAGACACUGAACAGUCUCAAGUUUGCAAAGUUUCUCAGAGUUUUGUUAAAGAAGGAGCGAGUAGUGAGGUGUUUGGUCAACAGGUCAAGCCUUCUUCGGAUAAGAGAAUUGAUGUUGGAUGCGUGGCACAGAAAAGAAGCGAGUUAUCAUCGGUUUCAAGCUGCGUGAAUGAUGAUUUAUCUACGGUUUGCUCCUCCAGGAGGAGCGAUAAGCCUGGUUCAACGGAUGCUUACUCAGAGUGUGGGAGUUCUAGUGUCCCUGUUGAGGCAAAUGAUCCGAUGAAGCUGUGGAAAGCGAUGAAAGAAAACGGGUUUCUUUCUAACCCGCACGGUGCGACAUCAAGCAGCUGUGUCGUCUCAUCUUCUCACGGAGGGAUACCUGCUCCGAGGAAACGUGGUCGCAAAAGCAAGACUAAUAAUGAUGCUGCGAUGGUGAUGAAGAAGAGGAAGAUUGAGAUUGCUAGGAAGGAGGAAGUUGACAACAGGUUUGCUAGGCUAGCUGCUCCUAGUGGACUGCUCAAUGAACUGAACCCUGGGAUUAUAAACCACGUUAGGAACAAGAAGCAAGUGCUUUCCAUCAUCCAAAGCAUUGUCAAGUCUGAUAAAGACUCUGGAAGAAACUAUCAUCACCACUCGAUGAGGCUUAACAAUACUACAGCUGCGGAUGAUGUGAACACUGGUGGUGCCUCUAGAUCUGAUUUUAGCCAAGGAUUCAAGUAUGGCAUGCCAGAAGAUAACUACUACGAUGAGAAAUGCGCAGAUGGUGAAGAAAAUAGUAAGUUCUCGGAGAAUGCGAGUUCCUUGCCUACCGAGGACGCAGCGAGUUUGAACCGUGAUAGUGUUCUCACUGUCAAAGCGGCUACAGUGGCGUCUCAGUGGUUGGAACUGCUUCAUCAGGACAUCAAAUGCCGUGUUUCCGCUCUUCGCCGAAGCAAGAAGAGGGUUCGAGCAGUUGUGACGACAGAGCUACCUUUCUUAAUAAGCAAAGAGUUCCCAGCUGAUCAGGAGAAUGAUCCAAGUGUACUCUUCAAUGGAGCUUCGAGGGCGUCAACGGUGGAUAACCACAAGAACAGAUGGAUGGCGCUGUUUAAACAACUCGAGCAAACGCUAUCAGAAGAAGAGAAACAAUUGGAGAGCUGGUUAAAUAAAGUGAGAGAGCUGCAAUCGCACUGCGACCAAGGUCUGCAACACUUGAGCUUGAGUUCUGGUCAGAACUUCUUACAGUUAGGAAUGCCACUGUACUCUAGAGCUGCGGAUGCACUGAUCUCAGAUAAGGAUUUAGCCGUUAGAGCAGCGGCAGCCUCCAUAUAUUCGACCUGCAAUUUUCUUGCAUCAGAGGAGAACAUAACCUGUACCUGAACUCCUUUCAACUUCUGACCAGUUUCUGAUUCAAGUUUUUUUAGUUGACAACCUUUUCUUAGUCUACUUAUGUAAGAUUUCGUAGCAGAGUUAUUCUUUCCAUGUGCAUCUGUAACACUAGGAGCAUUGCUCACACCACCCUUGUCUUUUCUUCUUUUAUAGAUUUAUUUUUCUCUGCAAUUUUGUUCUACAAUAAGAAGAACCCUAGUAAUUGUGUUGA